GUCUCCCCCCCCCUCCCUAAUUUCAUACGACAGUUCCUUCACGUGUUGUGUUAGCUUUUCAAAAUGGCGGGAGUAGUGUCCGGAUCUCGAGUUCUUAUUUACGGUGGCAAGGGAGCACUUGGCGCUACUUGUGUAUCAUACUUCAAAGCUCGAGAAUGGUGGGUUGCCUCAGUAGAUCUAUUCCCUAACGAGGAAGCUCAUGCAAAUGUUAUUGUCGACCCAGCAAAAUCAUGGGAUGAGCAGAAUAAUGAGGUUCAGAAAAAGGUUGAUGAGCUGCUGGAUGGCAACAAACUCAAUGCCAUUAUUUGUGUUGCUGGGGGAUGGGCAGGGGGCACUGCCAAAAGCAAAGAUGUGGUGAAGAAUGCUGAUCUGAUGUUCAAACAGAGUGUGUGGACUUCUUUGAUUGCAGCUAGUAUUGCUGCAAAGCAUCUUAUGAAUAAUGGGUUACUUGCGUUGACUGGGGCUCAACCUUCUCUCUCUGGGACACCAGGAAUGUUGGGUUAUGGCAUGGCAAAAGCAGCCGUCCACCAGCUGACUGUGGGCCUUGGCAUGGAUGGGAACACUUUGCCACCAGAUAGCACAGCCCUUGCAAUCCUACCAAAUACCCUUGAUACCCCAAUGAACAGAAAGUUUAUGCCAGAGGCAGAUCAAAGCCAGUGGACCCCUCUAGAAUAUGUGGCCAAGCUUAUGUUUGACUGGUCUGGCGGAAGUGACCGACCUGCCAGCGGCAGUCUUUGCAAGCUGAUCACCAAAGAUGGACAGUCGUCAUGGGAACCACACACAGGGGCCUUACUCUAGAUCAGUUCAUGUACAUGUUAGGAACUUUUACAUGUGUGGCUUUGUUGAAGCAUUUAUCUUGUGUUGCAACUAGAUGGUGCUACUUCUAGGAUUUUGUUACUGCUAGAAAUUCUAGGGUGUAUAGGAAAGUACUUAUUGUUAUAAAAAUAAAAAUAGAUAGACCACAAAAA